CUUGCUUCCUGGAGUCAGCAGUGCAUUCUCGCUCCCUUGUUCAUCGAUGGCUAUUUAAUGCUGGUAUCGUCACAAUUAAACCUCCUAUCCGAGCCCCCCUUCUCUUUUCUUCAAUAAACACUUGUUUUAAGGGGGUUCUGAAACCAUCCACCAGCCAAUGCGACUCCGAUCAAGUACCUGCUGGUCCGCCGUUGCUAAUCCCAGCAGGACUUACGCUCGACUACAAGCAAUCCGCUGUUUCUCCAACGCCUCUCGAAUUCCCCUUGGUAUUCCUCCUCCGUUUCCUGUCAUAAAAACCUGCCCCGAGCCCGGUUGUUCAUGUCCUCCCACACCGCCGAUGCCGGAAGGCUUACCGAUAGACCACGAACAGACGCUAAAUGGGACAAUGGCAGCUUAUGCCCAGCAGAUUCUCGUAUGCACUGGAAAGGAGGACUGGACAAGUCGCAUUGAGAAUGACGGGGACGGAGAGGGUUGGGGAGGGCUUGUACGAGGACUGAAGGCGCUGUUGGGUCGCGGUGGGAAAUACUCUGAUCCGUAUAAUAACAUUCUAGUUACGAAUUCAUCUUUCCCUCCUGCAGCAGAAGCAUCGUCAUCCUUCAUAUCCUCCGCCUUCCUCUUCCCUAGCUUCAAAUACUUUCCCUCCAUCCCCGUGAAUGUCUCACAAUCUGAGGAAACCGACGUCGAUCUAUCAACCUUUGUCCGAGCCUUCCUUCUUCCAGAGAAGCUUAACAAUAUGCAUUCGUCCCUCCCCUCGUCCAAACGGGCGGGGCUAACCCGCUCACCAGACCUUGCGUCCAAGUUCCCGAACGCAAUUGACAUCAAACAUUCGCCUACAAUCUUGAUCUGUGGACACGGCGGUCGAGACAUGCGCUGUGGCACCAUAGGGCCUCCUUUAAAGGCCCAGUUUCAACACGUCCUGCGCUCGCGGGGCUUCUCCUCUGCCGGAAUCGAAAGUAUCGUCGAUAGACCGGAUCAUGCUAAUAUCGGGUUAAUCAGCCAUAUUGGCGGGCAUAAAUAUGCGGGAAAUGUGAUUAUAUAUAUCCCACCUGGUAUGACUGUAAAUGCGGGUGGAUCUACUGCACCGAGCCCACUGGCCGGGAAGGGCAUCUGGUAUGGACGCGUGGAACCAAGGCAUGUGGAGGGUAUCGUUGAAGAGACAGUUAUUCAUGGAAGAGUCGUAACGGAUCACUUCCGGGGUGGGAUAAACAUAGAUGGGGAGAUAUUAAGGCUUUAAUUAAUGUAUAAAGAUAUGCUAUUCGAUAAAGGUGAUGCAUUCUUGAGCUGCGGCAUGAACUUGCUAGAGAUGUAUGAAUAGAACUCAAGUAUGUGAUGCUCCUCUGUAUAGAUUGUACAACGGUUAAAUUAUAUGUGUAUAUAGAAAAUGAUGAGACAAGAACGAGAAAAGUAAACAUUGUUGACAUCCAGGUCAAAAUCUUUGAUCUAUCCAGAAUUCCAACAGAGGUCUAUACAAUAAAACAUCCACUUUUGAACCUUGGAAAGGACGUUUGUAUGGUAUAGCGCUUCGAACAAAGUUUUGAGCAUUCAUGUUUGUGAGCCCACCCAGUGUGGGAAGUUCAAGGUUUGCAUGCUCAAAGAUAGAGCGAUAAUUCUCUCCAAGGUUCCCUUUCAGGGGCCCUUUCAAGAUAAUCGGUACAGCUUAGUCCGUGCAGUUUGUACUCGUGUAAUCCAGCCUUGGAAAUUGGAAACAAGCCUAGCUUGUGUCUUUUCGACUCGCAAUGUAUACUGUGUACCCUGCUCAAUGGUCUUUGUGCUGAAAUAGGACUUAUCAGUCUCCAAUUCCAAGUAUUUCCUGCGUAUUUCUGCUAUGCAAAAAUCUCGAGUCAUCUUCGAGAAUUAUUGAUAAAUCUGCGCAGAGAUCCAGGAUCCACAGUCGGCACAGCCAUAUAAGAUGGUAUUCUAAGCUUGCCAGUCAGGCAGUGGCGAGGGGCAUUUUGGACGCAUUAUGUCACAUAUGAUAACAAUAAAACGGCAAUGAAGUGCUGUUCAGUGGUGGUGGUGGAACACUUUGUUGUUUCUAUGUGCUGGGAAUAGGAGUUCGUGGAAAGUAGUCUCCAGUGUGCUUGCUUCCUUUAAGGCUGUCCGCUCUUCCUGUUACGCCGGUGUCGGUGAGAUCGGCUAGCUGAAGCAGCCUGGUUAUUGUGCUCGUGGCCACGCUUGAACUCCCUUCCUUCCGGUUCUCUUUCUUCGCUUUACUGACGCCGUGAAGAUUCGUGGACCAUUUCGGCUCCUGGGUCUCCAAGAGAACCCGUCCGAUGUCCAAACUGACCCGUUGUUGUUCAGCAUCGAAGCCUUCCGUUUAGCAGGGAAAGACAUCUAGGGAUGGGCAGAAGGCGAAGUCGAUACAUCCUCGAUCUUUGGGAAUAGGUUUUUAAUCAUUGCAUCUGAGUAGUCAUUCAUUGGUGUAAGAAAUGAAGAAUAAAAUCGGUAUCUUUCAAACGAGUCUCCAGGAAGGUCAUGAUAAAUGUACUCGCCACUCUGAGGGGGCAUAUCUUCUUUGUGUAAGUCAGCAAAUCGAAAGCAGCCGGCAUAAUCAGGUCUUGGAAUUUCUGAGCUGUAUUAUAUUCAUUAAAGUGAACACCUGCG